AAGACGGAAACGGAAGCGCCGUUUACAGGAAGUCAACGUUUCCACCAAUGGCAGAGGGAGACGCAAGUUUAGCGGGGGAUUCAGUAGUUAGUAUUCAGUGGACCUGUUAGCGGGAAACGACAGUACCCACAGAACCAGUCCAACAGAAGCAACAGACACAAUAUCAGUUUUCUCUUUAAUUCUGCACAAUCCUACCAAAGAUCGGGUGGUACCACGGAGCAGGGAUGUUGUUCCGAUCUAUUGUUGACAGACGACUGGGGAGUCGAAAGCAAAAUGCCCUCACUGCAGAGCCUUGGCCCAAAUUUCCACUGAGUUCACUGCUGAAGGGCUUCCAGUGUAUUCGACACGACGAACACAUCUCAUAUGGGAACCUGGGUACCUCUGUGCCUCCGUUUGGAUUGGCCUUCUCCUCAGCUGGAGAUUUGCAGAACAUCCUGGCAGUGGCGAAUGAAGAAGGAAUUGUCAGGAUCUACAACACAGAGAGCAAAAAUAACACACUUCUUAAAGAAUGGCUGGCUCAUGAAAAUGCUGUCUUUGACAUUGCAUGGGUCCCAGGAGAACCUCACAUGGUGACUGCUGCAGGUGAUCAAAUGGCCCGGUUGUGGGAUGUGAAGUCGGGAGAAAUGUUAGGCAGCUUUAAAGGUCACCUCUGCAGCCUCAAGUCAGUUGCAUUUUCACCUCAAGAAAAAGCUGUGUUCUGCACUGGAGCGAGAGAUGGAAACAUUAUGGUCUGGGACACCAGAUGCAGCAAAAAAGAUGGUUUCUACAGACCAGUUAAGCAGAUCUGCGGCGCUCACAACAAAGCAGAGGCAAACCCUCCGUCGAAGAUAAAGAAGCGACGCAGCAGCACGCGAGGAAUGGCUCCCAGUGUGGACUCCCAGCAGAGUGUCACAGUGGUUUUGUUUCAAGAUCAGCAUUCUCUCAUCUCAUCAGGGGCAGUUGAUGGAGUUAUCAAGCUGUGGGACCUGAGAAAGAACUACACGUCACACCGUCAGGACCCAAUCCCAAUGCAGACGUAUCCAUACCCGGGUUCGUGCAUGCGUAUGAGGCUGGGUUAUUCUGGCCUCGUCCUGGACUCAUCACGUUCCAAUGUGAUGUGUAACUGCACGGACGACAACAUCUACAUGUUCAACAUCAGUGGAAUAAAGACAAGUCCAGUGGCAGUGUUCAGUGGUCACCAGAACUCAUCCUUUUAUGUUAAGUCAUCCAUUAGUCCAGACGACCAGUUCUUAGCCAGUGGCUCCAGUGACACCCACACGUAUAUCUGGAAGAUUGCCGACCCUCAGCAUCCUCCCAUGAUGCUUCAAGGCCACAGUGAGGAAGUGACCUCUGUCGUGUGGUGUCCCACAGAUUUCACCAAGAUUGCUUCCUGCUCUGACGACCACACCGUUCGUAUCUGGAGGCUUUGGCGGGAGUCGCCCGGAGCAGAGUCUGCAGUGGGUGAAGCCAACCUCGUGGGCUGGGCGCGUCCUAAAUCUCCCACAAGGCAUUUAAUCAAAGCAGAGAUGACUCCUGCCAAGACUCAGAUGGACAGUCUGGGAGGCCCAGCCUCACCUCAGCAGGCAGCCUGUGCCCCCAGUGGAGCCGCUCUACCUUUCCCUUCCAGCACCUCUUCCCCUGUUCAGUGUCAGGACACCAAAAUUGCUGCUCUUCGCCAGAAAACACCCUCCUCGAUCAAAGAGUGGUUAUCCCCCAACAGAGGGUCCCCCAGUCAGCUCAGCCCUCCUCUGCGCAGAGUACUGAGCCCGUGUCCACAGAGUCCGGUGAGCGCCAGCCCUCCCACAGAGCGACGAGCUAAACGCAGGCUGCAGACGAGUACAUCUGCGGGCUGUGAGGCCUCAGAGCAAUGUGACUGUGUUACUGAACUCUAUCCUGUGGCCAAGAGGAGCCGGGCCAUGGCUGGUGUUUGCUGCCAAGAUCAGGAGAGCAGGGUACAAACAGACUGUCACGCAGAAGACAGACAAGUCCCGCUUAGACAGAGUGGAAAGGAAAAUUUCUCUCCCACGGGGAAGGACUGGCUCACUGUGAUGGGUCAGAAGAUGACCAAAGGUCUCAGAAGCCCCAGUGUUCUCAGGAGUCCAAGUUCCUCAAAGAAACAGGAAGGAAGAACGCCAGCUUCACCUACAACCCACUCCCCACAGAGCAUGAAGAAAAUCUCCUCAUAUUUCAUGAGACCAACUCCGGAGUGACCCACUCCAGCUCAGCUGUUCGUCUGUGCCUCUGUCACAGAUGCAGUGUUUUUAUUUGGGGUAUUUUUUAUGUGGGACCCACAUGUGAUGAGGCUUGAAAACAGUGGUUUAUUUAGGUUAUGUGAAUACAUGAACCUGAGCUUCAUGAAGACUGACACAGCAGCCAUUUGAAUAUUUUAUGCCUGAUGUUGUGCUUCCACUGAGAUAAAAUGUGACAUUUAUUUCACAGCACAAUGUUCUGGUUACAUCCUGUCCUACUCCUAAAAGCAAAUUUUAUUUUGCAAAGUAAAUCUACAACAAACACGAACGUGACCAGCAUGCAUUCCCGUUAAUUUUCAUCUAUGCACCGGCCAAGAAUAUUUAAGAAAAUACUAAUUCUAAUGAUUUCUGGCCACUAACUCUAGGUUAGAUGUCCCUCUGGAACAGGAGCUGAUUUGGGACUGCAGAACAGUCGCCAAAGUUCCGGAAGAAACAGGUUUUUGCAGUAGAAUUGCACAUUGUUCCUAGUACUGUUAAGAGCUUGUGCUACUACUUGCACUGAUCUAGGUGCACAUACAGAAAGAGAGAAACAUUUCUGCAACAUUUAAGUUGUUCUACAAACAAUGAGUUAUACCUACUAUGAACUUAACUAACACUCAAACUCUCAGCUAAUGGCAUAUCAGUUUUCCAACACAAUUCUAUUUUGUUUUCUUUGUACUGUUUUUUCCCCCCAUGUAAUGAUUUGACUUGUUUAUUUCUAUACCACAUGUAUAAAAGAACUUCCUGUAUUUCCUUGCAUGUCCCUCCAGAGACUUUAAAUUGUUUAUAUGUACAAAAAUAACCAGUGGUGGUUACUUGGUUGGAUUGAAGUUAAUUACCACAAACCUAAAACCAUCUGACUUUAUUAAAUAGAAAAUAAUUUAUAUAUUCUUGUUGUACAUGUUCAUCUUUGUCAAUUAUGCACAUUGUUUCAUUGUCUUCUUUUUUUUAAGAAAGGAUUUGGGCCAUAAUUUUUAUUUUUUAUAAAUGUUUGAGCCGAACCUACAAAAAGGGCUGAGAAAAACGUUAGCAUAAACAGUAAAUAUAAUGUGCUUAAAAAUAAUGAAAUGGCUUAUUAAAUCAAAAUUCUGCCAGUAGGCAUUUUAAGGCAUACACAGAAGUACAGGUGAGAUUACCAACUAUAGUUUGCCAUAUUGUAGCUAAAUGCUAAUCCACAUUAGCUAGUGUUAGCUAAAACAGCUUUAACGCGUGGACAAGGUAAACUAGACAGGAAAACCUGACAAAAACAAAGUUUGUCUCUAGACAGUGAAGUGCUGCUGCUUGUACGUGUUUUGAAACAUUUUCGUAUAUUUUUAGCACUGUUCGAGCAGCAUUUGUAUAUUGUGUAAACAAAGGCAGAGACACAGCAUACUACAGUUGCCACUCCUCGUUUAGCUGCUCAACGUCACCUAUUUGUUUUCACACGUCACGUGUUCAGCCCUCGAUGCAGUUUCUUGGACGGUGAUCGGUUCAAAAAGUUUCUAAGGGUUUAACUCUCCCCCUCUGAUUGGUCAGUAAAGCUAUCUGUCAGUGACGCACAUUUGUGUAAGGAUGUGUGCAGUCCACCAGCGGUCGGGAGUCAGUCCACAGAGAACGACGGUACUGGCGAUGUUGGGAACUUUACACACCCUCGACGUCUGCUAAUAUUGUUGCAUUUGAGGAUAAUUUGGGUUUUUUCGCACGCCGACGAACGAACACUUAAGAUUCAGAGAAGAUUUUGCGCAGUACGGUUAACUUUUUAGUGCAAAAGAAGAGUCGCCGUCGAGCGAAAUCGAACUCCCAUGAUUCGUUCGCGAAUAGUUCUUCAGCGGAAGUGGCGUUUGGAUUAAAAGCAAGCUUUGAAAAGACGGGAUUCUAAAUGGUUUUAAGGACCAGCAGGACUCAUCUGAGUUCUUUUUUUCUAAUGCAACAUUUUCUUAUCAAUUAAUGCUGUCAUAUUGAUGUUUAUUGGCGCUUGCUAAUUUUAGCAAGCUAGCUGGGGUGCAUUUGCUUAGCAGCCUCGCAGUAUCAACACUUUGCUGCUUUCAUUACUUUGACGAAACAACUUUUGAUGACAGUAUAUUUUGGAGCAUUUUGUGACAUAUAGACCAACGGCAAACAGCGAAGUAUAUGAAAUACAUUUAGCCGUUUUUUAAAAACCUGUGAUUUUUAAAAAAAAA